AUGAUGGGGAGUCGGUUUAUCCAUGGCAUCCGUGAGAAGGUGGAGAUUUGGGAGAAGCGGGUCAACCAGGCAGCUGAUGUGAUAGACGAGUGGUACACUGUUCAGCGAGCGUGGAUGUAUUUGGAGAACACCUUCUCGGCAGAGGACAUCCAGAGGCAGGUGCCACAAGAAGCGGCAAAGUUCAAGCAGGUUGACAAGUUCUGGAAGGACCUUUUCCGCAAGGUUCGCCAAAAGGAGAAGUUGCUCAUGGACGCAUUCCACAUUCCCGGAAUUCUUGAGCGACUCAAGUGA